AUGCCUCAUCGGAGCCUGCUCGCCCGCGCACACUCGGAAGACGACGCAGACGCCGCCAUGGGGGACGCCGUCGCUGGCGCCGUCGACUACCGCGGCCGGCCCGCCUCCCGCGCCGCCACCGGCGGCUGGAAGUCCUCGGUGUUCGUCAUGGCAAUGGAGAUCGCCGAGCGGUUCGCGUACAAGGGCGUGGCGGCGAACCUCAUCACGUACCUCACGGGGCCGCUGGGCCAGCCCAUGGCGCGCGCGGCGGCGUCCAUCGACGCGUGGAAGGGCGUCUCCCAGAUGCUGCCGCUGCCGGUGGCCUGCGUCGCCGACGCCUGGCUCGGCCGCUACCGGGCCAUCGUCCUCGCCUCCAUCCUCUUCGUCGUGAGCAUGGGCACGCUGUCGCUGUCGUCGGCGUUCCACAUCUUCCGCUCCGGCGGCCACGUGGCCGUCUUCUACGUCGCGCUCUACCUGGUGGCGCUGGGCGAGGGCGCGCACAAGCCCUGCGCGCAGGCGUUCGCGGCCGACCAGUUCGACGAGAAGGACCCCAAGGAGAACGUGGCAAGGAGCUCCUUCUUCAACUGGUGGUACUUCGGCAUGUGCGCCGGCACCGCCGUCACCACCAUGGUCUCCAGCUACGUCCAGGACAACGUCGGCUGGGGCCUCGGCUUCGGUAUCCCCUGCAUCGUCAUCCUCGUCUCCCUCGCCGUCUUCCUCAUUGGCACCCCCUCCUACCGCUACUACACCACCAAGGAGCCCAGCCCCGUCGCCCGCGUCGGCAAGGCGCUCCUGGUGCUGAUCAAGAGCUGGAGAUCGAAGCACCGCACCAAUCCGGCGAGCGGCAAGGUGGAGGCCCAUAAGAACUCCGACGAGGACCUCGUGGAGGAGGUGAGUAGCGUCUUCCGCCUGCUGCCCAUCUGGGCCUCCUGCAUAAUCUACGCCAUCAUCUUCUCCCAGACCUCCACCUUCUUCACCAAGCAGGCGGCCACGCUGGACCGCCGGAUCGGCCCCAACUUCAAGGUGCCGCCGGCGGCGCUGCAGACCUUCAUCAGCGUCAGCAUCGUGGCCUUCAUCCCGGUCUACGACCGUCUCUUCGUGCCGCUCGCGCGCCGCUACACGGGGCGGCCCACGGGCAUCACCAUGCUGCAGAGGGUCGGCGCCGGCCUCUCCCUCUCCCUCGUCGCCGUCGUGCUCUCGGCGCUCGUGGAGAUGAAGCGGCUCGCCGUCGCCAGGGACGCCGGCCUGCUGGACGCCCCCAAGGCUUCUCACCUUCCCAUGACGCUCUGGUGGAUGGUGCCGCAGUACGUCCUCAUCGGCGUCUCCGACGUGUUCGCCAUGAUCGGCCUCCAGGAGUUCUUCUACGACCAGGUCCCCGACGCCGUGCGCAGCCUCGGCCUCGCGCUCUUCCUCAGCAUCUUCGGCGUCGGCCACCUCCUCAGCAGCUUCCUCAUCUCCGUCAUCGACAGGGCCACGGCCAGGCGCGGCGCCAGCUGGUUCUCCAACAACCUCAACCGCGCGCACCUCGACUACUUCUACUGGCUGCUCGCCGGGCUCUGCGUCGUCGAGCUCGUCGCCUUCUUCUUCUUCUCGCGAGCCUAUGUCUACAAGAAGAAGAGCGACGAUGGCGAUUACAGGGGAGGUGAUGCUGAUGCUACAUUGGUGUAA